AUGGCGCGGCCCCGGAGAGCCCGGGAGCCGCUGCUCGUGGCGCUGCUGCCGCUGGCGUGGCUGGCGCAGGCGGGCCUGGCGCGCGCCGCGGGCUCUGUGCGCCUGGCGGGCGGCCUGACGCUGGGCGGCCUGUUCCCGGUGCACGCGCGGGGCGCGGCGGGCCGGGCGUGCGGGCCGCUGAAGAAGGAGCAGGGCGUGCACCGGCUGGAGGCCAUGCUGUACGCGCUGGACCGCGUUAACGCCGACCCCGAGCUGCUGCCCGGCGUGCGCCUGGGCGCGCGGCUGCUGGACACCUGCUCGCGGGACACCUACGCGCUGGAGCAGGCGCUGAGCUUCGUGCAGGCGCUGAUCCGCGGCCGCGGCGACGGCGACGAGGUGGGCGUGCGCUGCCCAGGAGGCGUCCCUCCGCUGCGCACCGCGCCCCCCGAGCGCGUCGUGGCCGUCGUGGGCGCCUCGGCCAGCUCCGUCUCCAUCAUGGUCGCCAACGUGCUGCGCCUGUUUGCGAUACCCCAGAUCAGCUAUGCCUCCACAGCCCCGGAGCUCAGCGACUCCACGCGCUAUGACUUCUUCUCCCGGGUGGUGCCACCCGACUCCUACCAGGCGCAGGCCAUGGUGGACAUCGUGAGGGCACUGGGAUGGAACUAUGUGUCCACGCUGGCCUCUGAGGGCAACUAUGGCGAAAGUGGGGUUGAGGCCUUCGUUCAGAUCUCUCGAGAGGCUGGGGGGGUCUGUAUUGCCCAGUCUAUCAAGAUUCCCAGGGAACCAAAGCCAGGAGAGUUCAGCAAGGUGAUCAGGAGACUCAUGGAGACGCCCAACGCCCGGGGCAUCAUCAUCUUUGCCAAUGAGGAUGACAUCAGGCGGGUCCUGGAGGCAGCUCGCCAGGCCAACCUGACCGGCCACUUCCUGUGGGUCGGCUCAGACAGCUGGGGAGCCAAGACCUCGCCCAUCUUGAGCCUGGAGGACGUGGCCGUCGGGGCCAUCACCAUCCUGCCCAAAAGGGCCUCCAUCGACGGAUUUGACCAGUACUUCAUGACUCGAUCCCUGGAGAACAACCGCAGGAACAUUUGGUUUGCCGAGUUCUGGGAAGAGAAUUUUAACUGCAAACUGACCAGCUCAGGUACCCAGUCAGACGAGUCCACCCGCAAAUGCACAGGCGAGGAACGCAUCGGCCGGGACUCCACCUACGAGCAGGAGGGCAAGGUGCAGUUUGUGAUUGACGCGGUGUACGCCAUUGCCCACGCCCUCCACAGCAUGCACCAGGCGCUCUGCCCUGGGCACACAGGCCUGUGCCCGGCGAUGGAACCCACCGAUGGGCGGACGCUUCUGCAGUACAUUCGAGCUGUCCGCUUCAAUGGCAGCGCAGGAACCCCUGUGAUGUUCAACGAGAACGGAGAUGCGCCCGGGCGGUACGACAUCUUCCAGUACCAGGCGACCAAUGGCAGUGCCAGCAGUGGCGGGUACCAGGCAGUGGGCCAGUGGGCAGAGACCCUCAGACUGGAUGUGGAGGCCCUGCAGUGGUCUGGCGACCCCCACGAGGUGCCCUCAUCUCUGUGCAGCCUGCCCUGCGGGCCGGGGGAGCGGAAGAAGAUGGUGAAGGGCGUCCCCUGCUGUUGGCACUGCGAGGCCUGUGACGGGUACCGCUUCCAGGUGGACGAGUUCACAUGCGAGGCCUGUCCUGGGGACAUGAGGCCCACGCCCAACCACACGGGCUGCCGCCCCACACCUGUGGUGCGCCUGAGCUGGUCCUCCCCCUGGGCAGCCCCGCCGCUCCUCCUGGCCGUGCUAGGCAUCGUGGCCACUACCACGGUGGUGGCCACCUUCGUGCGGCACAACAACACGCCCAUCGUCCGGGCCUCGGGACGAGAGCUCAGCUACGUCCUCCUCACCGGCAUCUUCCUCAUCUACGCCAUCACCUUCCUCAUGGUGGCCGAGCCUGGGGCCGGGGUCUGUGCCGCCCGCAGGCUCUUCCUGGGCCUGGGCACGACCCUCAGCUACUCUGCCCUGCUCACCAAGACCAACCGUAUCUACCGCAUCUUUGAGCAGGGCAAGCGCUCGGUCACACCCCCUCCCUUCAUCAGCCCCACCUCGCAGCUGGUCAUCACCUUCAGCCUCACCUCCCUGCAGGUGGUGGGGGUGAUAGCAUGGCUGGGGGCCCGGCCCCCACACAGCGUGAUUGACUAUGAGGAACAGCGGACAGUGGACCCCGAGCAGGCCAGAGGGGUGCUCAAGUGCGACAUGUCGGAUCUGUCUCUCAUCGGCUGCCUGGGCUACAGCCUCCUGCUCAUGGUCACGUGCACAGUGUACGCCAUCAAGGCCCGUGGGGUGCCCGAGACCUUCAACGAGGCCAAGCCCAUCGGCUUCACCAUGUACACCACCUGCAUCAUCUGGCUGGCAUUCGUGCCCAUCUUCUUUGGCACUGCCCAGUCAGCUGAAAAGAUCUACAUCCAGACAACCACGCUAACCGUGUCCUUGAGCCUGAGUGCCUCGGUGUCCCUCGGCAUGCUCUACAUACCCAAAACCUACGUCAUCCUCUUCCAUCCAGAGCAGAAUGUGCAGAAGCGAAAGCGGAGCCUCAAGGCCACCUCCACGGUGGCAGCCCCACCCAAGGGCGAGGAUGCAGAGGACCACAAGUAG